GAACCACCAUCCUGCCUUUUGUCUACCUGUACUUGCUUUGGUGCCCUCAGUUGGCUGCACCACAGUCAGAAUAAGCUUGUUAAAAUGUCCAAGUGAUUGUGUCGUAUUCUGCCUAUAAUCUUUAAAGAUAUUCCUUUGCUAAAAAAAAAAAAAAAAAAAAAAAAAAAUAGCUUAUUUCUCACAGUUUCAGAGAAUCUUUAUAAGUAUAUUUUGGUAAAGGUCAAUCAUAUAUCAAGAGUUCCUAGUUCUGUUCUGAAUAAGUGACUGAAAGUCAAAAGGUGAAGAUGAAAAUGAAAGACUGAUAAGGUGGAUUAGGUUCCCUGAACUAUGGCCAUUUGCUCAUUUGUUCAGUUUGGCAAGCAUUUAUUGGGUGCAUACUGCAUGCCAGGAGUUGUGUUGGCUUCUGGGGAUAUAAACAUGAAUAAAUUUACCAGGCAACUGCCUGGCCAUGGGGGCACUUGGUGAGGUCAACAUGCAGUAACUCUUGACUUAGAUAAGAACAUUGCAGGACAUAGGGUGGCCUGAGCCUAGGCAGGGGCUCGGUAGGGGAAGGCUCAGGACCAGGCUGUUUAGUGGCCUUGAUCUAAUACCAAGGCCUGUGCACUUGUGAUCUGGGAAGGUUCUUGGCAGAUUGUGAGGAUGGGCCAGUGUCAGAAUGACUGAUUGGGGGCUGUCACUGAAUGUCAGUGAGUGGAAGAGGACCGCCUAGGGCACAACAGAGAAAAAGUUGUGCAAGAUACAUGUGUUCUGGAACACCACAGAAUACCUUCUGCCUGCCACUCCUUCAUCACCGCAGACAGCAGUCUUCCUGAGGGGCACAGAGUGGAUCAACUCGCUAGUAUUUGCUCACGGAUUCUUUGACUUUGCACAUAAAGACCACUCUGUGUUCCCAGUAUAUCAUGGCUUCAACUUCAAGAGACGUGUUGAGUAAGAAGUUGCUGCCCCCAAGAUCAAAGAGGUUUUUACCUGCUUUCUCCUCGAGAACUUUAAUGAUUUCCUGUCUUACAUUGAGCAAUCCCACUGUUGGGAGAGAUGCCAGUUCAAAGCUCAAGUCCAUGAAGCUACUUGAGGUUCUGAAUGCAUUGGAGGAGGAGGGUCCUAGCCACCGCAGGGAAGAGAUCUUCAUUGCGCCACCUGACAAUGCCUCAGGGGAUUUCACUGAUGAGGACUCAGGUGAUGAAGAUGGCCAGCGAGGCUCCCAUGUGCCCGGUAGUGUGCUGCAUGCCUCUGUUGUACCUGAGGACUCUGGCACUGAGGAGGAGGAUGACGACCUGCAGCCACCACCAGCCAUGAAGAGGCAGAAGGCAGUAGUGGAACCUCAGCGUGUUUGGAUCAAAAGAGAUAUCCAACCCAACUUCCGCAGCUGGACUCCAUCAGAUCCCCAUAUAGAGGAUCUCAAAAGCCAGGAACUGAGUCCUGUAGGCCUAUUUGAGUUGUUUUUUGAUGAAGGAACUAUUAAUUUUAUUGUUAAUGAAACCAAUCGUUAUGCUUGGCAAAAAAAUGUCAACCUUGGGCUCACAGCCCAGGAAUUAAAGUGUGUUUUGGGAAUUUUGAUUUUAAGUGGGUAUAUAUCCUAUCCAAGGAGAAGGAUGUUUUGGGAAACAUCUCCUGAUUCACAUCAUCAUCUUGUGGCUGAUGCAAUUAGAAGGGACAGAUUUGAACUGAUCUUUUCAUACCUGCAUUUUGCGGAUAAUAAUGAGCUGGAUGAAAGUGAUAGGUUUGCCAAGGUCAGGCCUCUCAUUGUCCGAAUGAAUUGCAAUUUCCAGAAGCACGCACCCUUGGAAGAGUUCUACAGCUUUGGUGAGUCCAUGUGUGAAUACUUUGGACACCGGGGAUCCAAGCAGCUGCCAGCAGGGAAACCCAUGCGUCUGGGCUACAAGAUCUGGUGUGGGACAACCAGCAGGGGCUAUCUGGUGUGGUUUGAGCCCUCACAGGGCACACUGUUCACCAAGUCAGACAGGGGCUUAGACUUAGGAGGUAGUAUGGUGGUAAAAUUUGUGGAUGCUCUUCAGGAGCGUGGCUGUUUGCCAUACCACAUAUUUUUUGACAAGGUUUUUACAAGUGUCAAACUCAUGUCCAUUUUGAGGAAAAAGGGGGUGAAGGCCACAGGAACUGUUCGUGAAUACAGGACUGAGCGAUGUCCCCUCAAAGAUCCCAAAGAACUUAAGAAAAUGAAGAGGGGUUCAUUUGAUUAUAAAGUUGAUGAGAGUGAGGAGAUUAUCGUGUGCCGCUGGCAUGAUAGCAGUGUGGUUAACAUCUGCUCUAAUGCUGUGGGCAUAGAGCCAGUGGAGCUGACCAGCCAUCAUUCAGGAAUAGCCAAAACACGGACCCAAGUCCAUCAACCAUCCCUGGUGAAGCUGUACCAGGAGAAAGUGGGGGGUGUCAGCCGGAUGGACCAGAAUAUUGCCAAAUACAAGGUAAAGAUCCGGGGCAUGAAGUGGUACUCAAGCUUCAUUGGCUAUGUCAUUGAUGCUGCCCUCAAUAAUGCUUGGCAACUACACAGGAUCUGCAGCCAUGAUGCCCAGGUAGACCUCCUGGCCUUCCGGAGAUAUGUGGCCUGUGUGUACCUAGAGAGCAAUGCUGACAUGUCCUCCCAAGGGAGGCGAAGCAGACGGCUGGAAACUGAGAGCCGCUUUGACAUGAUUGGUCACUGGAUCGUCCACCAGGACAAGAGGACUCGGUGUGCCCUUUGCCACUCGCAGACCAACACCCGCUGCGAGAAAUGCCAGAAGGGUGUCCAUGCCAAGUGUUUCAGGGAGUACCACAUUCGGUGAUGCAGAAUGGACAGAGGGAGCCCUGUGGAUGUUUGGUUUAUAAUGAAAUGUUUACAGCUAAUUUCAUAAAGCAGAUAGAGCACUUGUGUUUUAUUUGUGUUGGAAAAACAACACCUGAAUCGCUAAUGAUUUGGUCUUGUAUUUUCUACCCACCUCCAUUACAGUUAUCUUUUUAUUGUCUUCUGUGAUACCUACAUGUAACAAAUUAAUAUUUAUAUUGGUAAUUAUAGAUGUUUGUAAAUCUA